AAGGGAAGUUUGCAGCAGCAGAAAAAAUGAUAGCCAGCAGGGGGAGCUGUAAUCCUGGUGUGGCACUGGAGGGGAAGUACUACCAGUUCUUCAAAGGACCAAAGAGGGUUGAGGAUGCUGAGUUCUUCUGCCAAAAAAAUUUUCCUGGAGGCCACUUGGGUUCCAUCACCAGCCAGCACAUUCACAAGGAGGUGAUGAGCAUGAUGAUGCGGGAGAGCGGCACCCAUACGCGCACGUGGGUUGGAGGACUGCGAUAUCUGAAGACCGGUCGAUUUGUCUGGUUGGAUGAAUCUCACUGGGGUUAUGCUGACUGGCUGUCAGAGGAACCCAACAACACAGCAGGCAAAGAGGACUGUGUGGAGCUGCUGGGCUACGGAAAUGGGAAAUUCAACGAUUUCACAUGCUGGGAACCUCAAGCAUUCAUCUGCUCUUAUCCAGUUUGAUUCCACAGCAAGAUUUGCUUUUAUUUCUAGUUUGAUGUCAUAUUUGUUGAUUGAUUUUUUUCUAAUCUAAUCUUGGGGG